GCGGCGGCAGCGGCGGCGAUUGGCCCCGUUCGUUUCCGACAUGGCGGCCAGCGCGGUGUCCAACCCGUCCCAGCUCCUGCCGCUCGAGCUUGUGGACAAAUGCAUAGGUUCACGCAUUCACAUCGUCAUGAAGAGCGACAAAGAAAUUGUUGGGACACUUCUAGGAUUUGAUGACUUUGUCAAUAUGGUGUUGGAAGACGUUACAGAAUUUGAGAUCACACCUGAGGGCAGAAGAAUCACAAAGCUGGACCAGAUUCUGCUAAAUGGAAAUAACAUAACAAUGCUGGUUCCUGGAGGAGAAGGACCUGAAGUAUGAAGACAUGAUGUUCAUUUCAUAUAUAUAUAUAUAUUAUAUAUAUAUGCAAAAUCUAAAUGGAGAUUUUGGGGUAGAGGCGUGUUUUGAUGUGGGUUGUUCAUUUGCUUUGUUUACACACUUUACAUUUUACAAGAGACAACUCUUUAGGAAGGAUGCUGAUGAUAACAUUGACUUUGUAAGCUGAAAUCAUGACUUUCUUGUAAAGACAUAUGAACCUCUUCUGAAUAAAAGGCUUUUUCUUUGUUA